GCACAGGACAGGAUUGAUGAGAUGAGAGGCCGCUUGGCUGUCAAUCAUACGAUGUACUGGCUGUCAAUCUAUUGUGACCACGCCCUCAUGUCAGCUAUGACCACACCCUCACGUCCAAGAUGAAGUCGGUAGCACAGAAAGACGGCCAGUAGAAACUAACUAACUAACUAACAAAACUUAACUCAUAUUUAUCUCAAGAAGUCUUGUAGCCUAUAAAUAACUUGAAUAUGGCCGAAGAAGUGUUAAUUCUUAGUCCAGGCAAAAUAACAUCGCAUCUUACCUCAUCUCUGCUGGCAGUGGCUUUCCUCACCUCCUUUGGUAGCUCAAUGCUGUAUGGAUACAACUUAGCUGUGGUCAACUCUCCUGCUGGGUACAUUAAAGACUUCUAUAACCGUACAGUGGUAAGUCGCAAUGGAACUGGAUUAAAUGAGGAGGCCCUGACGCUCAUGUAUUCACUCACCGUUUCUGUGUUUGCGAUUGGAGGCCUGAUCGGCUCUUUGAUGGUGGGCACUCUGGUCACCAAAUUUGGAAGGAAAGGAACGGUGGUCAACUCCAGCGUACUGGUGUUCUUAGCAGGAUCACUCAUGGGGUUCAGCAGGAUCUGCGCUUCGCCCGAAAUGCUCAUCAUUGGUCGUUUUAUAACAGGAAUACAUUCAGGUAUCUCUCUCAGCGUGGUGCCCAUGUACCUGGGAGAGAUCGCUCCUAAAAAUCUAAGAGGCUUCCUGGGGCUCAUGCCCAGCAUUUUCAUUUGUGCUGGGGUUUUCUUAGCUCAAAUCUUGGGCCUGCAUGAACUUUUGGGAAAGGAAGAGCACUGGCCCCUGUUUCUCUCUCUUGUGGUUGUCCCCACCUUUAUCCAGCUGAUGCUCUUACCGUGGUUUCCAGAAAGCCCACGCUACCUGUUGAUUGAGAAGCACAAUGUUCAUGCCACUAUCACCGCCUUGAAAUGGUACAGAGCCAAAUGUAACAUCCAGGCAGAGAUAGAGGAGAUGCAGGAGGAGCAACGCUCUCUGUCCUCAGUGGAGACCGUGUCUGUCUGGCAGCUGAUACUGGAUCACACUGUUCGCUGGCAGGUCCUAUCCGUGGUGGUCAUCAACAUCGGUAUGCAGCUGUCUGGCAUUGAUGCGAUCUGGUUUUACACCAAUGACAUCUUUGAGAACGCUGGAAUCCCGGCCCCUGAGAUCCAGUACACGACUGUAGGAACUGGAGCUAUAGAGAUCGUUGCAGGCCUCAUAGGGUGUUUCACCAUUGAGCGUCUCGGGCGAAGGCCAUUGAUAAUUGGAGGUUUUGGUGUCAUGGGAAUGUGUUGUGCUGGGAUAACACUGUCUCUCAUUCUUCAAACACAUGUGCCUUUCAUGAAAUAUGUGAGUGUGGGGUGUGUGGUUGGAAUCAUCGCUGGAUUCUGCAUCGGGCCGGCUGUUGUUCCGUUCCUGAUCACAGCUGAGCUCUUCAAGCAAUCCCAUCGUCCUGCCGCAUAUACUGUGGGAGGAUCUCUUAACUGGAUGUCGAACUUCACCAUCGGCUUUAUCUUUCCGUUCCUUCAGAUGUCUGCUGGGUCCUACUGCUAUCUGGUGUUCUGUGCCAUAUGCGUGUCAGUGGCCAUCUACGUGUACUUUGUUAUUCCGGAAACUAAAAAUAAGACGUUUGUAGAGAUUAGUCAGAUGUUUGCUACAAAAGAGGCUGUGGAAGAGAGCCAGGCCCUCACUCAUCCGGACCAGCUCAAACUGAAAAAGAUGAAUGGAUACGGCUCACUUGAAAAUGGUUCACUUGAAUUCGACAGUUCUUCUUCCUGUCCUUAAACUCAGAAGAGGUUUAGGAAUUAGAUCAGUUAUCAGCCAUGCAUUAAGAAAGGCGCAGUUAAGUGAAUCUUACUUUUGUGCGCAAUGGGCUCAGACUAACAGAAGGUAAGUUUCUCCUUAUAACAAAACAGGAGCUGACUUAGUUUUGUAAUGAUACUUAAACACCCACAGCUUUGUCUUACUUUGUAUGCAAGAAUAGUGCCAUAUACAUGUGUUACCACAUGUAUAUUGUUACUGAGAAAUCACAAACUAUGUUUUUUCACUAUUUAUCAUGUUUGUGUUAUGAAAGAAA